CUAUCCUUUUGGGCUUCCUGUUUUAUCAACACUGUACCUGGCUGUACAUCUAAAUUAGGAACAAUGAGCCAAGUCCGACAGUCCUUGAGCAGCAAACCUGGAUCAUGCAAUGUUCGAGGCUACACAGCUUGUUCCAUUGGGGGAGGAUUUGUAGGGCCAAAAUAUAAUUUCAGCUCUUUAUCUUCUGCUGGAGGUAACCCCAUCACCUACAGCAGCGGAAAGCUAAAAUCCACUGGAAGCCUAUAUUGUUUAGGGGGUCACAAAAGAACCUCUAUCAGCAGCGGGAGAGUCCUUGGUUCCACGUUGGGUACCAGCAAGGGAUUUGGAACUGACAGCUUUCCUGUAUGUCCACCAGGAGGUAUCCAAAAGGUUACAGUCAACCAAAUUCUUCUCCAGCCAUUAAAUGUAGAGAUUGACCCAAACAUCCAAAAGGUGCGCUCUGCAGAAAGGGAUCAGAUCAAGGGCCUCAACAACAAAUUUGCAGGUUUUAUUGACAAGGUUCGAUUUCUGGAACAACAAAAUCAAAUUCUGGGAACAAAAUGGAACUUUUUGCAAGAAAAAAGUCAGAAACUUUGCUCUAGGAGAGAUACUAUUAAACCGUUGUUCGAUGCUUACAUUACCAACCUUCAGCGCCAACUGGAAGGAUUAAGGAGUGAAAAAUGUCGCCUAGAUGGGGAACUGAAGAACAUGCAGGAUGUGGUGGAAGAGUUCAAGAGCAAAUAUGAAGAAGAGAUUAAUAAGAGAACAUGCACCGAAAAUGAGUUUGUAGCCCUCAAAAAGGAUGUAGAUAUCUUAUACAUGAAAAAAGCAGAGUUGGAGGCCAAAGAGGAAUCCUUGGGAAAUGAGAUCAACUUUUUGAGGAACAUCUUUGAUGCGGAACUGGCUGAACUACAAGAUUGUCUGUCUGAUAUUAAUGUUGUUUUGUCCAUGGACAACAACCGGGACUUGGACCUGAAUGGGCUCAUUGCAGAAUGUAAAGCACAGUAUGAAGAAAUUGCAGCCAGAAGCAAAACUGAAGCCGAAGCUGCAUAUUCCAAAAAGUUCCAACAGCUAAAGGAAGCAGCAGGACAACAUGGAGACAAUCUGCGGAGCUCUAAGACUGAAAUUCAAGACCUGAAUACCAUGAUAAAGAGACUUCAGUCAGAGAUUGAGUGUGUGAAGAAACAGAUUGCUGGUCUGCAAGCUGCUAUUUGUGAUGCUGAAUCCAGAGGAGAGGCUACUUUGAAGGAUGCCAAUUGUAAGAUGUCAGAGUUGGAGGCCGUAUUACAGAAAGCCAAGGAGGACUUGGCCAUUCAACUGAGGGAAUAUCAGGAGCUUCUCAGGGUCAAACUGGCACUGGAUGUUGAGAUUGCUACCUACAGAACUCUUCUAGAGGGAGAGGAGAGCAGAAUGCACGGAGAGAUUACUAAUGAUGUCAAAAUAUCCGUGUACAGUACGAAAAAGCUUGGAGACUCAAACGCUGAAUGUAUAUCUACAUGCAACUUGAAAAGCAGUGGAAGUAUCCUUGCAGGAGUAGAAGCCCCAAAGUGUGCCCCCAUGUGUGCCCCUAAGUGUGCACAGCCACCAAAACCCUGCGGAACUGCCUAUGCCAAGCUAGGCUAUUAGAUAUGUAGGAAUACUUUAAAAGACCCCAACAAGAAUAAUCAACAAACAUCUUCAGCAACUGCUCUCUGUCUGCUUUUCUCAUUUUAACUCAUUGUCACAUCUGUUUCUUGUCCUGACCACUCAUGCGCAAUGGUUAUUGUAUUGUCACUAGUGAUGGGCGAAAUAAUUUGCCACGCAUGGAUUCCCUAACAAUUUCUGCGUUUCACCAUCGGCGGAUUGUUUAGUGAAACGGGUGACAUAAUUUGCCAUGGAAAAAUUCGGCCCGCGCGUCACAGAAAGUUGUCAGUUUGGGGUUUUGUUCCUUUCUAUAAACACAGAAAUGAUGUUUGACAACUAAUGAUGUAAGCCAUUGAUGUAGUGGAUCACAUCCUGAAGAAUUCUGAUCCUAUUAUAGUUACUUGUAGAUAGACAAAUGCCAUACGGCCCAUUUUAGUAAAUAAACCAUUCAUUUCUUGAUAAAAAAAAAAAACACAGCAACCCAUGAUCACCUGCUGCUCAGAUUUUAUAUGCUGUGAUAUAAAUGUCUUUACCUAAGUGUUUCUCUAUGACUAUAUCUUUAUUAUCUGUGUUGCAAUUGAUGGGGUUGCUAAUUGUGGGAGGAGCAUUUGAUGCAACACUGAAGGUGGUUGAAUAUGUAUCUCUAAUAAACUGCAUUUGAAAAUCA